GCCUUAUGGCAUCCUUCUCUUUCUCCAGGACCCACGAAGCCUGCCCUGGUGCUGCUCUGCUGCAUAGGAACCUGGCUGGCCAUCUGCAGCCCAUCCUUUGGUGUACCAACAGCAAAGAUCGGGCCUAUACUUGUACACUUGAAACUGGACUCGGAGGAGCUUUAUGACAACUAUAGCAAAUGCCAGGCGGCUGGGAUGCAAACAAACGGGUCUCUCCAGCUGCCAUGCUUCACCCUGGGCUGCGAAGCCUCAGCCAACAUCUCAGCCAUCCAAGCCUACCUGGAGGAGGCCGAAAGGUUGAACGAGAACACUAUAAGCACGGCUCACGUCAGGAAACGGCUCGACGACAUCAGAUGUUCCAACAUCGGGUGUCCCAACCCGCCGAAACCAAGCAUUUCUGGGCCUAAAGACCCCUAUAAAGUUAAGAGCUUUACACUGACUGUCUUUAAGAGGCUCUCAGACUGCAUGGCAGAAGUGAAGGCCAAGGACAGGAUAUGCUGAGUGAUGGGGUAGAGCGAGCUCCAGGGAAGAAUCCUAGCCUCCUCAGCAGCACCUGUCCUCGGAGGGCUGGCCUUGCAAUGCAGGAAUUAACUCGAAAGAGACUGCGCCAUUGCGACAAGCUUUGUUAUUUAUGACGUCUUUAUUCUGUCCACCGAAACCUUAGUCUUCUACCCUUGCGGGGGCCGGAAGUGGCAGCUAAUAUUUAUUUAUUGGUAUUUAUGUACUGAGUUGUUAUCGCUCCUUGGAGGAGCCCUCAGAGUCUAUUUAAUAAAUUAUACUGACGUGAUCUCCUCAUCUGCUUUGGAGUUUGUGAGGGCGCUGAAAUCAGAGGGUGGGAAUCCAGCCUGGACGGCGUUGCUGAAUGGGAACGUUCUGGAAAUAGCCAGUGCUUCUGUCACUAUUUCCCUCCACUAGAUAGACUUAUGGACAAGUAACGCCAGCAUGCACCAGGUGUCUGUUUGACAUUUUCUUUACUCCAGGUCGUAAGCAUGAUCACUGUCCUUUUGAUAUGUAGGCUGGGAAACUGAGGCAAGAAGUCAUUUAACCACUUACUCAGGUUGACACAGCCUCUUAGUGGUCUAACCCAGAUUCCGGCUUGCACUUUGUUAUUCUACCCGACCUUAGUCCUUCCCUGGGUAGUGACAGGGUCUCGGGGGCCCUCGACGCCAUGCCUGGUACAGGGCAGUAACUCAGUGUCCACUGCACAAUUCCCACUGCAUCCCCAGGGUCUUCCCCUGUUCGGCCACCUCAAUAGGAACUUCCUCACAGCAGACAUGAAGUUUGCUGUUUGAGUAAAAGCUGACAAGGUCCUCAGUGGGCAUCUGGAAGGAGGGGGGGUCUCAAAGCGACUGGGGACCUUCAACAGCACCAACAGCACCAAGCAUCACGUUGGAAACACAAAGCCUUGCUCCCACCUGCUCGCUCGCACAGUCUAAGCACGGGGCUAGCAGCUUAGUUUUGCUUGUUGCAAGGCCGGGGUUGAACUCAGGGCCUUGAGCAUAAGAUAAACUGUCAGCCCGGUCGUCCUGGUUCUGAAGCCUCCUGAGCAUUCAUUUGUAUCUGUGCUCACACCAGGAACCACACUAAUCCUGAGUCAACCAGCACUUUCCUUGUCUCUUUAGGAAAACCGAGAUCCAAAGGAAGGAAGAUGUGAUGUGCUAAAGGGCACACAGAAGGGGAGAUGUGGUCAGGAUUCGGAGCUGUGUAGUGAGGAGUCAGACUUCCAUUCGUUUUCUCUUUGUGGUUUUUCAAGGAAAAACCACAGUAGCCCUGGCUGUCCUGGAAUUCGCUCUGUAGACCAGGCUGGCCUCGAACUCACAGAAAUCCGCCUGCCUCUGCCUCCCGAGUGCUGGGAGAGGCAGGUGGAUCUCUGAGUUCAAGGCCAGCCUGGUCUACAGAGCUAGUUUCAGGAUAGCCAGGGCCAUACAGAGAAACCCUGUCUCCACAAACCAAUACACACACACACACACACACACACACACACAGAGCAGGAAUGAGGAGAACAGGAAAAUCAUCAAAACACUUCAGUAAUUUCCAGGAAAAUAUGAAAAUUAGAGGAAGCUGGCCUGACUUCACAUAUCUUCCCUGUAAUGAGCAUUUUUAAAUGCGAUGGUUUGCAGGAAUGUCCACAAAUUCUUGCUUAUACCUCCUUCCUACACACAGCACCGAUCUGAGGAUUCACGUUUUUGUUUUCGUUUAGGAAUUAACUCAAGAGAGAACGUGCCAUUCUUACUAGCGUUGUUAUUUAUGAAAUGUUUCUCUCCAGUCCACUGAAACCUUCUUUUUAUAUCCAUAUUGGGUGCAAGAAUGCAAAUUCUACUUUGUGGGCUGGGGAGUGUAGUUCUGGCUGUCCUGGAACUCAGUAUUUAGACCCAACUGGCCUUGAAUUCACAGAAAGCCACCUGCCCCUGCCUCCCAAGAGCUGGGAUGGAAGCUCUGGGCCCCCAUGCCUGGCUUUUGGUUUUGAGACAACGUUCUACUUUUAUAUGUAACCCUGGCUGGCCUGCAGCUGCUGAUCCUGUUCCUGUUAGAGCUUCCUGAGUGCUGGAUGAUAGACCUGUGCCACAUGCUUGACUCCUUGGUUUAUUUUUCAUUUAUUUUUGUUUAUUUGCUUGUUUAUUUAUUAAUUUAUUUUGUUUUUCCAAGACAGGGUUUCUCUGUGUAGCCUUGGCUGUCCUGAAACUUGCUCUGUAGAGCAGGCUGGCCUCGAACUCAGAGACCCUCCUGCCUCUGCCUCCUGAGUGUUGGGAUUAAAGGCGUGCGCCACCACCGCCCACCUCCUUGGUUUCCCUUGUUUAUUUUUGUGCUGGGGUCAAGCUGGAGUCUUUCACCCGCUGUGCUCAUGCUGGGUCCCUGAACUCCACACUCAGCCUCUGAAACAUUGUUUGCUUUUUAAAUUCCAUUCCUCGGUCAUACUGACCACAGUCCAAGUGGCUUGAUGGCCACACUCUCCUACACGGAACAACACAGAUGCAGAACAUUCCUGUCAGCAUAGCCAAUUCGAUGGAGAGGAUUGCAUUUGAUUGACACAUUAUCUACUACUGAUUGAGUCCCGGAGACGAGAACCAAAGCGCUUUCCAUGGAGUAGGGGAGCUGGCUCCAAAGGCCAGGGUAAAGGGGCCAGGGAGGGGCUGCACUUGAGGCGUUUCUUUCCAGCUCCAGCUUCCUUCACUGACAUGUGGGACCUAGCUUUGGACCAGCCGUGUGCUGCCUGCCGAUCCUCUCGUGAGGAUGUCCCCGCUCUGCUGGAGGGUCAUUUCGAUCAUCUGAGAUGCAUGUUUGGUGGCAAGCAGAGCAUGCCACCCGGAAAUGUGAAACCUUCUCAGCAAUCAUGACCAAAGGGCCAGACUUUGAACGAGGAGCCCAUGACACAGAGCAGCGGGCAUGGUGGAAAAUGAAUCCCCACAGGAAGAGAUGGAACCGCAGGGCGGCUUCGGCCUGGGAGCAGGAAGGCUAUGGUCUCAGGAGCGGCACAGUGCCCCAGAUUUAGGUGGUGACGAGCAAUGAGGUCAGAGACUCUGAGGGCUGCUGCACUGGAAUCCGCCAGAAGAGGGACCGAGCUAGGGUCUCUCAGCCUGUCCCCCGUCACUGAAAGCCCACAGUUCUAGAGAUGACUCAGCUCCAGGCUGGGGGACUCCGCAGCAGUUUUCUGAUUAAAACUACAUUGUUGGGCUCUGGGGUAAAACGCUCAGUGUGUAAGCACGAGGAUGUGAAUUCAGCUCCCCAGGGCCCAGGUAAAGUCGGAAGAGGUAGUUCAUGCCUGUAAUUCCAGCUCACCUAAGAUGAGACAGGAUAUGGAAACAGGAGAAUCCCUGCACAGUCACGGGCCAGGUAGCCUAGCAUACACAGUGGUGAAUGAGAGACCUUGUCUCAAUGAGGUAGAAGGCUAAUAUUAACAUCUGGGGUUGUCCUCUGACCGCCACACACAUGCAUACAUGUACACAUACAUAUAUACACGUCAUACACAGAUACAUAAGAAAAAAACCACUUGUCCAUAAGGAUAAAACACCUUAUGACGGGUUUGAUUCUCCUCUUUAAUUCCCUGCUUGACAGAUGUCCCAGUGGCUUAAGUACCUGUCACUCAAGUCUUGAGACCUGAGUUUGAUCCCGGGAGCUCGGGUAAAAGCCAGAUGUGGUGGCACACAUCUGUAAUCCCAGCACUCCUACAGCAAGAUGGGAGGUGGAGGCAGGGGAACCGCACCGACCCUCAUGGGCCAGCCAGCCAGCACAGAGCAUGCCACAGAUCAGAAACAAGAAAGACUCGCCUCAAACACAAGGUGGAAGGCAAGAACUGACUUGUGGAAGUUGUCCUCUGACUUUCACACAAGUGCCGUGGUGUGCACAUGUCUGCAUUCACACACACACACACACACACACACACACACACACACCAUAUACACACAAUGCUGCUACUCCUAAUAGUAAUUUUAUAAAUCCACUUUAUGGAAUGCUUCAGGUGGAGGAUCCCAAACUUCGGGGAACGAGACCAGUGGAGGCACAGCCUGUGUGCAGUCGUAAGGCUCCACAUCCGGGGCGCGCAGGGAUGGGGUGGGGGGUGGGGGUGUCCUGAGGAUCCUAAUGCUCUGCUCUGUUUUUGAGAGAGGGCCAUGCUCAUAACUCAGCUUGCCUGGAACUGCAAUCUUCCCGACAGAUUCCUGAGUGCUGGGAUUACAGGCAUGUGCCAGGCAUGACGAAGUCUUUGUUCUUGUCACUGUCUCAAAAUCCUUCACGUGUUUUGAACCAAGUAUGUAGCUGGUCCAAUUGAAGUGUUGAAAUUCCUGGAUUUGAUACCUGGAGAUUGUGAGUCGGUGGGGUCUAGGUGGUCUCUGGAACGCAAUGAACAACUUUAUUGAUCUACAAUUUACAUAGUUAAUGUGUUGAAGGUGCAUGAGUCUUCGUUAUUGGGCGUUCAUCAAUGCUACUUCAGUCAGUAUGCACACCGGCGUUCCUGCUGACGGCUGUCGUAACGAGGUACAACACACCACUCGUGUGUGCAUGUGCUGACACAGGUGUGAACAAGCCUACUGUGUCACCAUCACACAAAACACAACACAGGGACUGGGGCAGAGCACGUGCCUGUGUGGACAAGAACCGCGGCUCGGCCCUCAACCCCCAAACCGGAAAGGCUGUACAGCACGUAAAGUCAGGCACAGUGAAUGGUACUAAAUACCUCUGUCACCAGUCUGCAGAAGUACUCAGCAUGUCCACCUUCCCUUGCUGGGCCCAAACACCCGAGACCAUCAACUCAACAGGAAAAAAGCCCUGAAGACCUACGGGGAGUUAAGGGCUGCAGGGGGAGGUAUCGGUGUUCAGUGCUGGGGCCAUUGGCUAAGUUGUCCCAUGCUUCAGUAAAUAACUGCACAGCCAUGCUUGAACAAGCAACACCAGUUCAACUCUCGGUCUCUCUCCCUCCCUCUUUCUCCUCACCCCCUUUCUGUAAACACCCACAGAGUCAUAGACAUACAGACACACAGACAUACAGACACACACACACACAGACACACAUACACAGACACACACAGACACAGACAUACACAGACAUACACAUAUACACACAGACAGACAGACACACACACAGACACACACAGACACAGACAUACAGACAUUGACAUACAGACAGACAUACACAUAUACACACGACAGACAGACAGACACACACACACACACACACACACACACACACACGAUAUGAUAGGAGGGGGGAUUUGUUGGGAAGACAUUCAGAGGGGGACACAAGAAGGUAAUGGGCUGGACCGGAACAAAAUACAUUAUAAACAUGUAUGAAAUUAUCGGAAUAAAUAACAAUAUUUAAAAAUAAUAAUGCCAGGCGGUGGUGGUGCACACCUUUAAUCCCAGCACUCAGGAGGCAGAGCCAGGUGGGUCUCUGUGAGUUCGAGGCCAGCCUGGUUUACAGAGUGAGUUCCAGAACAGGCACCGGAGCUACACAGAGAAACCCUCUCUCGAAAACAAACAAACAAACAAAUAGAUAAAUAAAUAAAUAAAAAUAAAAAUAAUAUCAUCAGGAGCUGGGAAGAUGGAAAGAUGGCUCAGCAGUUAAGGGCACUUAUUGCUUUUGCAGAGGACCAGGGUUCAAUUCCCAGAACCUGCCAUCUGUAACUCCAGUUCUAGGGGAUUUCUGACCUUUGUGGGCACUGAGCACACAUGUGGCAUACAUACAUACAUACAAACCAGCAAAACACUCAUACAUAUAAAAUAAAAUCAAUAAAUCUCACACACACAAAAAAAAGGUCAUCAGAUAACAUCUGAAGCCUAUCUGGGUUUUUCCCACGUGGUUGUCACGGACUGUGGCCGUUUGAAUGGGAAUGACCCCGUGGGCUCAUAUGUAUUUGAAUGUUUGAUCCCCAGCGGGUGGACUGUUUCGGAGGGAUCAGGACAUGUGGCCUUUUGGAGGAGGUAUGUCACUGGGGGUGGCCUUUGAGGUUUCAAAAGUCCACGGGCCAGGCCCAGGCUCUCUUCACCGGCAACUUUGAGAUCGGAUGAGCUCCUAGCCACCGCUCUAGCACCGUGCCCGCCUGCCGCCAUGCUUCCCACUCAAACGAUCAUGGACUAACCCCCUGAGACUGUAAACAAGCCCCUGCCAGUUAAAUGCUUGCCUUGGGGGCUGGAGUGAUGGCUCACUGGUUAAGAGCUCCAGAGAACCCCGGUUCAAGUCCCAGCACCCACAUGGCAGCUCACAACUGUCUGUAACUCCAGUUCCAGGGGAUUCAACACCCUCAUACAGGCAAAACUCCAAUGCACAUGAAAUAAAAAGCAAAUCAUUAACAUAUAUUUAAAAAAUGCUUGCCGCCGGGCGGUGGUGGCGCACGCCUUUAAUCCCAGCACUCGGGAGGCAGAGCCAGGCGGAUCUCUGUGAGUUCGAGGCCAGCCUGGACUACCAAGUGAGUUCCAGGAAAGGCGCAAAGCUACACAGAGAAACCCUGUCUCGAAAAACCAA